GAGAGAGGGGAGACUAGGGAGGGAGCUCAACCCAUUUGUGGCGUUGCGUCACGUCACUCACAGGCACUGCCAACAACAACACAAAUGAAACCGAAAGACGCGAGCUUUUCAUCGAGAAGCGGCGCGAAAUGAAUUCCGCCUUGUUGGGUCGGGAGAAUUUGAUGGGCGAGGUUUGAUCUUUCUCUUCCGCCCGAGGUUUCGUUCCGGCUGUUCUUGUUUUUCCGCGUCUUGCGACGUGUUGGGUAUAGCGAUCGAGGCCUUUGUUCCGAUUUCUUUGGUUCUUGGCAAUUCGCUUGAUGCGAGAUUUUUGAGACCGAUCCGGGUCAUCGUUUUCGGGCUUGUUUGAGCUGCUGGGUCUGAUGAUCGUUCGAAUGCCGUUGAUGGGUUUGUCGAUUGCUUGUUUCUGGUAGGCGAUUUGGAGAGGUUUUUGAGUUUAGGUCUUGCGAAAUUUUUGGAGUGGUGCAUUGCGAGGUGAACCUGAGGUUUGGGAGCUGCCGAGGCUGCGUUGGGAUUUUGCCAUUUUCCCUCAAUCCCAUCGCAAUAUGCGUGGCGAUGGAUCCACCGCUGCUGUGGGCUUGGCUGAUAAGCCCUCUGGGGAUGAAACCGAUGUCGAGAAACAAGGUGGGGCGGUGGUUUCUCGGGAGAGCGACGGUGAGGCCGCGAUGGAUGGUUUGGCCGCUGGCGUGAAUCAGGCGACGCCGUUGACUGUCGUGGUGUCUGGUGGCGGUUCGUGCGUGCCUCCAGAGCCUGCCGUGAAGGAUUCGAAGGUAUUGGAGUGUGUUGUUGAAGAGCCUCCUUUGGUGGGUUCCCCUAAAAAGGGUUACUUUUCGAGGAGCGGGAGCUCUCAUGAACAAUGCAGGGUCUGUCAAGAGGAGAAGGAAGAAGAUUUGAUAGAUCUUGGAUGCCGAUGUCGAGGCGGCAUUGCAAAAGCGCACAGAUCAUGCAUAGAAGCUUGGUUUCGCACCAGGGGUUCAAACAAAUGCGAAAUAUGCCAACAGGCAGCUGCGAAUGUGUCACCUCCAGAGUCCCAUUCUACUCAGACAAGUUUCUGGGUUUGGAGGAUUGAUCCUAACCACAGAGGGUCUGGUGUUGCAGAGCAACGUAGGAGGGGCUGUUUCAGUCCACUCUGGGUGGCUUUCUCAAUCCUCAUUGGCGGUCUUUUCUUGGAUGUGUUGAUAUCUGUGACACUUGGAAUUUCAGCGCUUCCUGUUAAUAUUAUCAUUGGUGUUAUCGUUGUGCUUGGACUUGGAACCGCACUCCGGCUUGCCCUCGAAUUCUGCCAUGAGUGGAGCAUGAGGAGGGUGGUGCAAAGGGUGGAAACGAAUGUGAACAUCGGGUACCACCCUGGAUUGUAGGCGUAUCUGUACAUAGCUGGAAACCCGAUAGCGGAUCAUAGAUUCUUUUACAUUGUCCAUAAAUCUGUUCCUUCUUUACAUGAUGAGUACACAUGCUUCCCAUUGUAGUGGGGCCUCAUGGUGAGUUAUUUCUGUGUGAUCAAGCAUUGACAGUCUGAGCUUGUGACUGAGGGAUUAUGGCUAUCUCAUAAUCUUACAGAGAAGAUGAUUUUUCUUCUGUUCUGCUUUUCA